AUGCUGCUUACUAUCCUGGGGCUUCUUUUCGCCUUAAUAUCCGCAUCUUGUCUGUUCUUCUACAAUCCGCAGAGAGUACCUUCAGAUAUCGUCUCAUCAGUGGAUAUUGACAUUGUCUGUCCUCCCGGGAACGACCUCAAUGAUGAGAGUUACUGGCUUGACUUUGGGGCUGGUCCCGGCAUUGAUGUCGUCGGAUUCCCGUCCAUUGGCGGCCGAUACCUGCUCCAGGAUGUCUCCGCGGUGGAACUGGACUUUCUGGGCCUCGACCGGUUCACCCCGACUCAGCGGCCCCCGAAGUCGGACCCGGACUGGCAGGCGAAGGAAGAGGCACAUUGUGACCGCUUGCGUCGCCUUGGAGCUGAGUGGUGGGAAAGUUUAGCCCAUGCCUAUAUGGAGGCGUUCACCGGUCAGAGCUGGGACGACGAGAAUUUCACUGGCGUGGGCUGGCCUGCAACUGGGGGUGUCUGGGUUCUUCGGACCACUCUUCGGGAAGCUGUGGAAAUAGGUACGGCCAGGAUUCGAAAUGCAUACAAUAUGGAGGAACGGUGCCAGAGUAUUGAGAAACUGGGGGGCGUGUUUUAUCAGGAUCCGAAAGACUGUCCUCAUCUCAACCUGCCGUGA